ACAGAACAACAACGAAAUUGAAAAACAUGAGUAAUUUGGAAGCAUCAUUAUUUCAAUUAAAGUUUGCGGCCAAAUCGCUGAAUAAACAAUCCUUAAAGGCUUCAAAGGAGGAACGGUUAGAACGCGAGAAAGUAAAAAAGGCAAUUAUGAAAGGAAACCAAGAAGUUGCUCAAAUUUAUGCCUCGAAUGCUAUCCGUAAACAGCAAGAGUCCCUUAACCUUUUAAAGCUUGCAUCACGAAUUGAUGCAGUUUCUAGCAGGCUACAGACCGCAGUAACCAUGAGAGCUGUUUCUGGAAAUAUGGCUUCUGUUGUCCGUGGAAUGGAUAAAGCUAUGCAAAGCAUGAAUUUGGAUAUGAUAUCUCAAAUCAUGGAUAAAUUCGAGUCUCAGUUUGACGACGUUGAUGUUCAGACCGAUUACAUGCAUAAAACUAUGGGUUCUGCUACUGCUGUAGAUACUCCUCAAGAGAAUGUAGAUUUACUAAUGCAAUCCGUUGCUGAUGAGGCGGGAUUGGAAUUCAAUCAGAAUAUGAACGCCAACCUUUCCGUUCCUACAGAUAAGGUUCCAACUCCUUCUCCGGCCGUUGAAGACGACAAUUUGCAAGAACGAUUGAGAGCCUUGCGUUCUUCUUGAACUUUAUAAUAUAUCAUCCUUAAAAAUUGUUUAUGGAUACUCCUAAUGGAUUUUUUUUUUUUAAAAAAAAAAGAACAAGAAUUAUCUAUAAAAAAAAUCUUAGACUUGAAUAGAUUAAUGACUGAGUAUAAUGAAAUAUCUAUCUUGUGUUAUAUUUAUG